UUGUUAUUUGUCGUCUCGUUCUGGCAUCGCGUCCUCCGGGCUUCCCUCCCCCGUCCCGCUCCUUUGCCAGUUUCGCUCGAUUUCCGUGGUGUGCGGACGGAUCGUUGUUCGUGCCGCGAUAAUAAAUUUCACGGUCUCAUCCUUUGUCCAGGAAGAAGCAGAGGCCGAAGAAACAACCAAGUAUAACUUUAACAAUAAAUAACUUUUAGCAAUUUGGUGGCAUAGCUGGUGAAUUUGACGCGUGUAUCCCGACGUUCUGUGUGUUUUGAAGUGAUUCCCGCAGUCGUCCGAGCAUGAAUAAUAUAGAAGUAACCGGUGAUAUUGUCGUGUGUCCACCGGGAGGAGAGGUGUGGUGACCGGGCGAGCUGUCGAGGCCGUGGUGUUCACCGUGUGAUGAGUCUGCGGUGACAGCUCGCCGCUGAGCGGUUGGAUGGCGGCAGUAAGCGGCCCCGCGCGGCACUCUCGCGUUUCCAUGAGUGUGUCCAUGUCGCUGAUGCAGGGCGGUACGCAGAGCGCGCCGCAGGGCGCCAUCCUGGCGGCAGCGGCGCCCUACUACCAGACGCCGGCCAUCCCCACUGACGUGCAGCCAGACCGGCCCAUCGGAUACGGUGCCUUCGGUGUUGUGUGGGCUGUGACGGACCCGCGCGAUGGCCGGCGUGUGGCUCUCAAGAAACUGCCCAACGUGUUUCAGUCACUCGUCUCCUCUAAGCGCGUCUUCCGCGAGCUCAAGAUGCUCUGCUUCUUCAAACACGAGAACGUACUAUCGGCGUUAGACAUCCUGCAGCCGCCUAGCCUCGACUUCUUCCAGGAAAUUUACGUGAUAACUGAGCUGCUACAGAGCGACCUGCACAAGAUCAUCGUGUCGCCGCAACAUCUCUCCGCAGACCACAUCAAAGUCUUCCUCUACCAAAUAUUAAGAGGUCUGAAAUACCUACACUCGGCACGCAUCCUUCACCGCGACAUCAAGCCUGGCAACCUGUUGGUGAACAGCAACUGCGUGCUGAAGAUAUGCGACUUCGGACUGGCGCGAGUCGAGGAGCCCGACUCAAGCAAGAACAUGACGCAGGAGGUCGUUACGCAGUACUAUAGAGCGCCGGAGAUCCUGAUGGGGGCGAACCACUACACGGCCGCGGUGGACGUGUGGUCCGUGGGCUGCAUAUUCGGCGAGCUGCUCGGCAGGCGGAUCCUGUUCCAGGCUCAGAGUCCAGUACAACAGCUGGAGCUGAUCACGGAGCUGCUGGGCACGCCGUCGCUGGAGGACAUGCGGCACGCGUGCGCCGGCGCGCGCGCACACAUGCUGCGCCGCGCGCCGCGCCCGCCCGCGCUCGCCGCGCUCUACACGCUCUCCGUGCAGGCCACGCACGAGGCCGUGCAUCUGCUCGCACAGAUGCUAGUGUUCGACCCGGCGAAGCGCAUCUCCGUGGUGGAUGCGCUUGCGCACCCGUACCUGGAGGAGGGGCGGCUGCGCUACCACUCGUGCAUGUGCAAGUGUUGCUACAGCGCGCCGCCGGCCGCGCGGCACUACUCGCCCGACCUAGAGCCCGUCGCGCCGCAUCCCUUCCACGACGGGUGGGAGCGCAAGCUCACCUCCGUGCACCAAGUUAAAGAGGAGAUCCACAAGUUCAUAGCGGAGCAGCUGCAGACGUCGCGCGUGCCGCUGUGCAUCAACCCGCAGUCGGCGGCGUUCAAGAGCUUCGCAAGCUCUAGAACGGGUACGAAAGCAAAAGUAUGUUCCCCUUUCAAGACGGCGGCAAAAAUACUACUACUGUCGCCAGUGAUAUUUCUGUGCGCCGCGUAGUGAGCCCCGAGCCCGUCCCACUCGACCGUGGCGCACCCGUCCGAGCUGCCGCCCUCGCCGCACCAGUGGGAAUGACGCGAGACCAAGCGCGGCUUCGACAAGCGACGCGCCCUCUACACCGACACGCGGUAAACCGCCGGACCCCGCGCUCUGUGCUCCUUGCAACAUGCGACACGCACUGUGCCACCAUCAACAUUAACAUCAACUUAACUUUAACCCAUAUAGCAUCGGAAUGUUUGCCGGCAAACAUGACAGCUAC